AUGGAUCUUGUAGACCGGAUUACAGCUCUGCAGCGUGCAAAAGCAUCGUACGUCUUCCUCGUCGUCUUUCCUCUCCCAGUGGCUAACAAUUUGGCCCGCUUUUUGCCCACUCGCCGAUAUACAUCUGACAGUGCAGAGACGAGCGCACCAAGGACGCGAGGAGUCGUCAGCGUUGCCCGUGGUGAACGCACGACUGCGCCUGUGCCGGAUCCAUCAGCCUCCGCAGCGGCUGACCGUGGUUCGAGACGGCCGCAAGAGACAUCCCCAAGGCGCUCUCCAGCGUCUCCCCAGCAGCCAAAUGCGCGUACAAAACACCUCUUUAAUCCAGACACGGACCCAAUCCCUCUGAUGCGGCCCCUGCGUCCUCAACCCUCCGAGUCGAGCUCGCCGCCUUCUGUACACGCAAUGCCGCAACCUCAAGCGCAAAGACAGUUAUUUGAUCCAAGAAGAGACGAUCCUAUGCGCUUUGCUGUCCUAAACAACCAGACCCAGCGGCAGCAAGCUCCUUCGUCCAUCAUGUCUUCGUCCGCUAUGGACCACUCGUCCAUUUCCUCCUAUGCAUCCUCUACAUGGACACUCACCUCCAGCACCGGUACAUCACAUUCCUCUGCCCCUCCCGACAAAGCCACCGACAAGGACGGUAGCAGCAAGUUUCUAGAACUCCUCAAGGGCAUGUACAGGGAGAUUUCCGCUUUGGAAAAGCGUACAAAGGUCUGGGAAAACGUCGAAGAAGUCGAGGCACUCGCAGCACCCAUCAAAAUGCUCAAGCCAGGCGCGUCGCUUCCCGCUGCGGACGAGCCAGAACCAACCCAGCAGCAGCAACAAGACCCACUAUUGACGCUCGUCGCGCAGCACAAGCAACUCGCCGAGCUCUAUCACAGUAUGAUUUCCAUCAUCCUCCAACCAAUUCCCUCUUCCAUGCUCGCUAUCGUCACAAAGUAUGGUCUACACUCCAAGAUAUGGACGAGCGGUAUCGCUCACUGUGUCGACUGCCUUCGGCGACUGGGGAGCAAGUAUCCUGGCGCUGGAGAGCAUCUCACCAGCUUCAUCUACUGGUCCUAUCAUCUGUACGAGUCUCUGUACGAGACCAGCACAACAAACGAUUUCAUGGCGCCCUACAAAGUCAAUUGGAUGGAAGCACUCGGAGACCUCGCACGUUGGCAAAUGCACAUUGCCGCUCGCCAAUCCGCCCAGGACCCCAACCCUUCGGGGGCUACUGCGUUGACAGUAGAUGCGCUCCCGCCCUCUCCCACGCAACUGGAGAGCACCCCGCCUCCAUCUAUCGGUAUCGAAGCCGCGCGUGCCUUCGACCUUGAUCCCGAGUCUGAAAUUUGGCGCAAGAGCUCGCAGACAUGGUAUUCGAUGGUGCUCAAGGAAACCCCCGGUGCUGGAAAACUUCAGCAUAAUCUCGGUUUACUUUUAACCGACGUACCCAACGAGGAACUACGCGGGGUCUAUCAUUUUGUCAAAAGUAUGACUGCCAACCACCCAUAUUCCGGAUCUCGAGAAUCUGUUCUCUCUCUAUUCUCCAAGCCUGCCCAACAACGACGGACCGUAGCCGCAGAUGCUAAAACAACAGAGCUUUUCGUUCUUCUGCACGGCAUGCUCUUUACCAACAUUCAACUCGACGAUUUUCAACCUACCCUUGCCCGAUAUCUUGAACGCCUCGAGCUUGAUGGUGCCCAGGAGCGUGAAUGGGUCAUGAUGGCUGUAGUCAACAUUGCUGCGAUUCUACAAUAUGGCAAGCCAGAUGCUCUCAUCAAGCCGUCCUCUGGAGGUACAGAACCUUCGGGAAAUACGAUGGCUGGCAAAAAGAGGGAGCUCGUCGUCAAAAUGGACAGCCUUGCCGUCUCCGAAGCAUCACCAACGGCAAUGUCCCCGUCGAUGGAGUUUGACAAUGACUCCAUGUCCGUAGACGUUCCCCAUUCCCUUCAGCUGGCUCUCCAACUCGCCUUUUCGACCCUUUCCUUCUGCCUUCGACAUCCACUCCGACGAACGUCUCAAUUCGCCAAACCAAAACUCAACCCUUACAUUACGGUCCUCCUCACGUUUGUCCAAACCAUCCUCAAGCAGCCUGGUGUACUCGCAAUCAUCGAGCGGACCUUCCCAUGGGGAGAUUUGUUGGUUUUCAUCAACUCUGCUCCACGUCGGCAGGUGCAAAAAGAGGUCGAGGCACGUGCCAAGCUCACGAGUGGCUGCGCACCACUCCCAGAAGAUUGGUGCAUUCGUGGCAUGUCAUGGCCGGGUCGACGCGUGUACGAGCACGGGUUUUGGCCGCGCAGUGCUGCGCCCGGUGGCGGGGGUGUGACGGGGGAGAUGGACGUGCUCUUGGCCAACGAGAGCACUGAGCAAGAGUCGGAUGGCAUCAUUGAAGAUGACGAGAAUGGCGAAGAGGCUGCGCCAAAGGAUUACACGGGCCGACGAUGGGUGCGCAUCAUCCGCAGCUGCCUUAGCCUUGUGCAAUCCGUGCCAGGCUUUGAGCUUGAUCGUGGUGCGGAACGUAUUACUUGGCGGCUUGGCGAGGCCAUGGAGCGCAAGGCGGAGAUGUGGAAGGAAGAAGAGCGUAGGGAGCGUGAAGAAGAGGAGCGACGACGGAAUCGCCAUUGGGGAGACGAUGAAGAUGACGAGAUGGAGAUUGAUGUCGACGAGGACGAGGAAGAACUGGAUUCGGAUCCAGAAAUUCGGGCUCUUCAAGAGCGUCGACGUUAUCUUCGAAAUCUUCAAAUCGGACGUGAACACCGUCGCCGGUCGCAUUAUGGCCGCCCUGCGAGGCCAAAUGGCCCCUCACGACCUCUACUCAACGUCAAAGCCGGGUACACUAUUUUGGUCAUUGAUACCAACGUGCUCCUUUCCACCCUCCCCACAGUCAUGUCGCUUGUAGAAAGCGAGAAAUGGACAGUCGUUAUUCCGUUGGCAGUCAUCACAGAGUUGGACGGCAUCUCCAAUAACCCUUCUGAACUUGGACGAGCUGCCAUAGAGGCAUCCAAAUACAUUACCAACAACAUCCGCACACACUCGACGUCGCUCAAGGUCCAAACCUCGCGGGGUAACUACCUUACGACGCUCAAUGUGCGCAGCGAAAACCUCGACUUUUUCUCCUCUCGCGACCGAAGACGACACGCCAGUCACGAUAACAACGGAGAAGAUGGUAGCGAGCACAUGUGGGAGCGAAGUAUCGAUGAUUUAAUCCUGCGAGCCGCGCUCUGGCAGGAGGAUCAUUGGACGGAUCGUAGUGCACUGCUCAGGGGUAUCAUUCCCGAUCCACUCGAGCAGUUCCUGGCCCCAGAUGAAAAGGCGGACGUGGCCAAGGUCGUGCUCGUGAGCUUUGAUCGCAAUCUGCGGCUCAAAGCGCGUGCACGGCAGAUGCAUGCAGCCGACGAGCGAGAUUUGGCUCACAUCCUCCGCUCGAGCUCGUAG